UCAUGAGAAGUUUGUGUGACCACCUCUCCUCAGCCAACCCAGGUGGCGGCCUCUGCCUUGAACAGUUCCAAAUGACUCAGAACCCCCUGGCCCAGAGGCCCCUCCACACUUCCUGUGUGGGGUUCAGAAACCCGCCUCCCCACCCUGCCUUAGGUGCCUGCUUCAGAAAAUGAAGUAGUAAGCUGACUACCUCUGCCAUCUUAGUAGAGUGAGCGUCCGGUGCGAGAAGGAUGAGGAGGAGCACUCUCUGGAGAGUUCUGGGCCUCUGCCUCCUAGCAGUUGGCGCUUGGGGGCAGAACGAUGAUGCAACACAGAAACCAUAUAAAGUCUCCAUCUCAGGAACCACGGUCAUGGUGACAUGCCCUUUGGAGUCUGAAUCUGACUCAGACACAAUAAAAUGGGAAAAAAAUGAUGUAGAAUUACAGAAUGAAAAUGAAAAACAAGUGGUACUAAGGUCAUUUUCGGAAACAGAGGACAAUGGCUAUUAUGUCUGCUACGACAGUAACUCGAAGAAGAACCAUUAUCUCUAUCUGAAAGCUAAAGUGUGUGAGAACUGCGUGGAGGUGGAUCUGAUGACCGUGGUCACAAUUAUCAUAGUCGACAUCUGUAUCACUCUGGGCUUGCUGAUGAUUGUUUAUUACUGGAGCAAGAAUAGGAAGGCCAAGUCCAAACCUGUGACACGAGGAGCCGGUACCGGUGGCAGGCCCAGGGGACAAAACAAGGAGAGGCCACCACCUGUUCCCAACCCAGACUAUGAGCCCAUCCGCAAAGGCCAGCGGGACCUGUAUUCUGGCCUGAAUCAGAGAGGAAUCUGACCACUCCCAGGAACUGCCUUUCACCCCUGGUCUGGCCCUUUGGGCCCUCUGCAAUUCCUUGUUCCCCGACAAGUCUGGGACCCCACGAGAGAAUUGUUCUUCAGCCUCAUGGUGAACUCACAUCCUACAGCCUGGUCCCCGAGUCCCUCCUUCCUGCCUUCUCUGCUGGUGCCUAGGUCUAAGACAUUGCUGCCUCACUGGCCCUCGAAGCAUCCUGGCUAGUCAAGCCCUCACACCAAACCUACCAUCUUUUCAGGAAGUGUAUUUCUGCUAUUCCUUCCCUGCCAACUUCUCCCUUUCCCCAUGGAUGUUAUUACUGCCUUUAGUUCCCUCCUUUCCUUGCAUAUAAAUUUUCCCUCAUCCCUAACAAUUCCAUAUAGCUUUCUGGUUUUCCAGCUGUCCUUUGCAACCUGCCCUGGGGAUGAACUCGGUAAAUGCUGACAGAGUACCUGCCCCAGAGCACAGAGUCAUCUGUGAGCCCCUCCCGGUCCUUACCUUAGGCCACUGGAUGGUUAUUUGCAUCGCUGUAAAUGCACUAGGCUCUCCUCCUGGCAAAGAAAGGCAAUAAAGUGUGUUUGGUU